CAUAUCAAUGAAGUAAGAGGCAGGAGAGUCGCGUCGGCGCGGCGGCAACAAUGUGUUCCUGAAACCCCCAUUCAUGGAAAGUGUAGUUCUAUAUGUGGAAAUUACAUAUGAACCAUUCCCGCUUACCUAACACCCUGUCCUAGUUUUGUACCGCAUUUCCAUCUUGGGAGCGCAGCGCCGCUUUUCGCAAUCCACUUCCAUGUCCUUCUGGUCGAAGGCGCACUCCUCCAAGUGGGCAGAGGAUGUCGCCAAUGCCGGUUCCAACGACAAAACGAUAUCGGGUACCCUCCCCAUACCUGUCCUUUCGACGCCGCGUGCAAGGCAAAGAACGAUACUCAAGCCAUUCAAGGCGUUAUUGAAACACUUUAGGCGUCGACUGGCCCCGCCGACCUCACGCUCAAUGAUGGAUGCCCUUGACCAGGCCGUGAACUACCCCCUUGACCUCAGUCCACCUCUUGAGGACGAGAAGGAUGAGAUUGAUGAGAUUGUGGUUGACCGAUGUUGGUCGGAAGAGUACGCCAGCUCUUCACACUCUUCCGAUGUCGCCGACAGUACCAGUGGCUUCGGGGAAUUCGAGGAACGCAACAGUACUUCCGCAUCGCACCGGGCGGGAUUUUGGGCCUCUUGCAAGCCUCUCGUUUUCAUCAGAUGGCGACUGUGGCGUUGUCUUCGAGAUUUUUUUGAUCCUCGUUUCGAGAAUCCUGUCGUGGAAUUGGAUUAUGAAAAGGAGGUCUGGGAAGUUUCAAAAAGUCUGGCUCUAUGGGCGUCCAUAUUCUUUAUUGGGAAUUGGUUGAUGGCCGUGUUGUCCAUCCCUACGCCCACCGUUCUCGCCGACAAGAUAUUCUAUUUCGCCAUCGGCCCUGUCCUAACAUUCCCCAUCCUUGUGCUCUGUCUGUACGAUUUCCCCCUCAAAUAUUCGCUAUUUUUUCAGUGUUUCAUCUGUGUAUCUGCCUGGUCCUGGUCGUUCUAUCAAAUAUUAUUUGUAUAUCUUUGUGGUUACUAUAGCCACGAUGUGCACGCAUUUACUUGCGGUAGCAAAGACUUCUUAUCGACAUUCUACUAUACAUCUGCUCUGCAGACGGUCGCACUAUUCGGUCUUAAUCUUGGGCGCCUCCCCGCUAUGAUUGGCGCACUUUCCUUUCUCAUUUUUUCCACCAUAUUGAUCAUCCCUCACCACACAGCGUGGUAUCGAAGUGCGAAAUUCGCCAAUUUUCUUAUUGUAAAUCUCAUCCUGCUCCCAGAUAUCAUCAACUUCUUGGCGUUCCAGAGUUUUCUGUUAUACAUGCACUACCAGCGAGACAUGUCUGCUCGACGACUGCAUAUGACGCGGAUACGCCUAAAAAUGCAGGUACACAAGACCACUAAGGCCCAAUUGAAUGAACGGAAGGCGGCAGAUUCGAAGUACCGUCUCACCAGUUAUGUUUUCCAUGAGGUCCGCGUUCCUCUGAAUACGGCUAUCUUGGCGGUACAGAAUAUGGAUGCAUCCGGAACGGUUCCGAGGAGUCAGCUGUUAGAAUUCAAUGCUCUUGAAGGCAGCCUUAGUCAGAUGUCGAAAGUUCUCAACGAUGUCUUGGACUUUAAUCGGAUGGACAGCGGUAAAUUCGAAGUUCUGAUGAGGCCGUAUGCGUUUCAUCAAGUUUUGCGAUCAAUGUUUUUAACGCUGGAACUCGCCACCAAUGCUCGCGAAUUAGACUUCGAAACAGACCUGGACAUGAAGAUUGAUGAUUUUGCUAGGCGAGCCGAGUAUAAAGCUCUUGGUGAAAGUGACGAGAACAUCGAGUUGCUCUUGAGGGAUAAUCCAAGCGGUGAAUUAGCAAUGGGCUUAGUUGCUGGGGAUGAAAAUCGGUUGAGACAAAUCGUCACAAAUCUUGCGAGUAAUGCGUGUAAAUUCACACCGAAAGGUGGAAAACUCAAGAUUUCGACGCGGCUCAUUCUCCCGGAGCCGAGCGUUGAUGCAGAUGGCGAAGAUGACACUAAGGCGUCAUACUCGAGAAAGACGUCGUUGGACAAGGAGCAUGAAAAGACUGAACACACGCGUUCGUUGUCGGUGAAGGAACUUGAGGAGCAUAACAAGCAACUUAGCGGAGCGCAACGUUGUUUCGAGAGAGAGAAGAUCGUGGUCAGAAUUGAGGUCACGGAUACAGGAAUUGGGAUACCAAGUCACGAUAUGACCAAUUCCAAACUUUUCUCUGCCUUCACGCAGACAGAACAGGGACGGUUGCAAGGUGGUAAAGGAACUGGUCUUGGUCUAGCUUUGGUACGCCGCAUUGUGAAGCUUAGUGGAGGUCGCCUGGGUGUCUGCUCAAAAGUUGGACAAGGAUCAACAUUUUGGGUGGAACUUCCUCUUGGCGUGGGACGUAAAGUCUUGCAGCCGGCACAGGAGCCUGUCCCUGGGACUCCAGGUCCAUCGUUCAUAAACAUGUACACACUCACGAGUAGAGCCGGUGAAGACUCGCUGCAGUCAGCGAAAGCGAGUGUCGAGGGGACGGACGUCAUCAGAGCCACGCCAACUUCUCCGUCGAUGCGUUCUGCUUCGGCGCUACAUGGGCUUAUGAAUCAAGGUGGUAGCGUUGAAUUAAGCAUCGCAAAAUAUGACUCCCAUUCACCUGUGCCAACGAGGACCAUCGGAGAUCGUUCAACAGGAACGGAGUUCCCACGAGCUUAUGAGGACUCGGACGACUCGCCCUCAUCUCAAAUUGUCCUUCCACCUCCCCUCGAACAGAAUAAUUCUGACGGGACAGUAACGGAACAGACAUCACGGGAUCGACCAAACUUUAUCGCUCUACCUAGUCCUCAGUCCUUCGUACUCGACCCCCAGCAGUCACCGCCAGCUAACCCCCCGUCGCCUUCUAUCACUCGAGGGUCGCUAAUGAAUUCGAGUUCAGCUCUGUUCCACCAAUACCAAGUCCUCGUCGUAGAUGACGAUGCUCUGACGCGCCGGUUAAUGACUCGAAUGCUGGAGCGACUAGGCUGCUGUGUGACGACGGCGGAGAAUGGGGAAGUCGCGCUUGAGAUUUUGUUAGGACGAAGUCCCGUGACAAAAACGCCUGCUAGCGAUAACUCGGUGCCUAUCUUGGAAGACUUGACUCCUCCGACACAAAAGAGAUUUAUGGUGGUGUUUUUGGACAAUCAGAUGCCAGUAAUGUCGGGGUUAAAGACCGUGUCGCAUCUGCGGGAGGUCGGGAGGCGUGAUUUCGUUGUUGGAGUUACUGGUAAUGCUUUGAUUACUGAUCAAAAGGAAUAUCUUGAAGCUGGCGUCGAUCAUGUUCUUACGAAACCUGUACUGGAAAGAAGUCUUACACAUAUGCUGCACCUCGCGGAGCAUCGCCGCAAAACUGCUGCUGUUGCAGCGGAGGAAUAGCGCUUGCUUGUGAUAUUUUCACCACGUUUUUCUCUUGGGCCUUGGGGAUCUUUGGGACAUCUAAUAUGUAUCAUGUAGAAUUUAUAUCACGAAAGACACGUUUCGUCGGCACAUUGUAAUGUAUAACUAGCAUAGUAUUAACUUAACAUCUUAAAUAUUAAAUAGUGAAUAUGGUUUUCGGGUAAUCUGAGGCUAAGAGGCUUGUGCUUUUCGUCAUUUUUUAGAUUUCCGUGGACGUUAUGG